AUGACAAGCCUCACAACUAUCCAUUCGCCCCUCAGGUUUUUGGGUCUCCACUCAGGGAAGGCGAUGUGUUGGAUGUCGGGUAUCGCCCACGCUCAGGCACUGUUUUCUACGGAAGGGACGGAAAAUGAAGGAUGGGUUCACCGGAAACCGAUAUCCCUAUUGGUGCAGAUGGACAUUGUAGUGUGCAUGUCAAGGGAAUUUUCCCGGAACGUGGAAACUUUACCCCCACCCCGGCGUAUGGCAGUAAACGAGGUAGUAUACUACGUGAUGUCGGGGGUCGGAGACGCGCUCACAGCGCGAGGUGAUCCCAUCGUUUCAUCCCCUCUCCGAACCGCUGAACCUAUAGCUAGGCCUAUUACUCUACCUCUCAUCACGCCAACAGAUGAAGAACCCGCUGCCGGAAGUGUUGUAUCAAGGUCUCCAAGAUACAUAUCACCUAUUGACUUGCCAUUCCAUGUACCGCGUAACACCAACCUACCUCCAUCUCCGCCACCAUCUCCUGAUGUUGCGGGUGCGAUUAGCUCCUUCUCUGCGCCUCGGCGUAUGCGUUGGUCCCUCACUCACCUUGGCUACAUCGAUAUCCUUGUCCCACUCAGGCGCAGAAACUUGCUUUCAGGUACACCCGCCUUCUGGCUCUUCCUUGAGUUUACCUCCGAUCGCACCUCAUCCAUUUGCAGGCCCUCCUUACAACAAGUUCAUGGGACCAUUGGGUGA